CUGUGCCACCCCUUGGCUGCUUCAGCUGUUUGACUGUCGCUCGCGUCGCUGUCAAGACUCGACCUGUUCAUACCCGCCUUACCUACCUACUGUAUUUGAGUUCACAUGCCCUGAACAGUGUUGCUUUGACGAGGCUCGGCCGUUUCGAGGUACAGCGACAAGCCCCAGAUUUCAUACAGGCCCAGUCUGUUCUCGGUGAAGUUGGAAGCGACCUCAUGCCGCAGGUUGUUUGCUUGUCCGCCACAACUCCUGUCGCAGCACUCGAGCUAAACCCUUUCCUGUGACUGGCCACUACCUACCUCUUCGAAACUGUCGCCAAGUCAAUUCAUGUAGUCGGCCUCGGUAUUUCCACAUUCCCGGGACCAGACCACUCACUGCUGCUACCAUGCGCUCACGGAACGCAAAGGCUCUUUGCACCGCCACCUACCAGCUAGCUGUUCGGAGCAUCACCCGCAACACUGCAAGGACCAAGCCCGGAUUCUCAUUAGUCGGCAGCUGCAGCACCCCAGCCGCCCGCAAGAGCAUCGCCCUUCGCCGAUUAUAUUCAUCCCACUCACGAACCCGCACGACCCGCCCCGAACAUGCACCAGUAAACCAGCAGCUGUUGACCUCCUCCAUGUCUGUCCGUCGUUUCUCACUUGCCCUUGUCUCCGGCCUCGUCGGCUACGGCGCCUGGUAUUCAUACAGAGAUAGCAGCACCGAUGCAACGGCCGCCACCCGCGCCUUCACCAACAGUGCCAGUAACCCCACCAAAGCCGCAGUCAACGGCGCUGCGCCCACGCGCAACGUCCUUGUGAUCACCGCCGACGAGCUAUACACGAGCACAUUUGUCGGCGAAGGUCCCAUUUCCAAAAUAACCGACGAUGAGCGACGGAUGGUUGUCGAGAUGCUGAACCCGGAGCAGUCAACGCAGAAGCUACGCAAGAACGAGCAGUCCUAUAUAGUAAAUCGCGGUCAGGGUGUCGUCCGAUAUGACUUGGUGCAGUUGCCCAGCAACGACCCCAUUGAGGAUGAUCACGCCGAGAAGAUCGUCGAGGUUCCCGAUGGAUCGCAGCCGUCCUCCAAGAAUGACUGGAUGUUCUGGGGAGUCUUUGAUGGUCACUCUGGCUGGACAACCUCGGCCAAGUUGCGCCAGGCGCUCAUUGGCUCUGUUGCCCGCGAGCUCAACGACACAUACCGUGCCGCUCCCAGUAUGACACCGACCCCCGAGGCCAUUGAGGCUGCUAUGAAGACGGGUUUCGUUCGCCUGGACGAUGAAAUCGUCAACCAGAGCGUGGAAAAGGUUCUCAAGCAGAACAACAAGACGGUGGCUGCCGAGCUUCUGGCACCCGCCCUCUCAGGCUCAUGCGCCCUUCUUUCAUUUUACGACAGCCGCACCGGACUUCUUCGCGUGGCCUGUACUGGCGACUCCCGUGCAGUUUUGGGUCGUCGCUCUGCCUCCUCGGACAAAUGGACGGCGACGCCACUCUCGACCGACCAGACUGGUGCUAACCCCGAGGAGGCCGCCCGCAUGCGAAAGCAACACCCUGGAGAGGAGCACGUUGUACGUAACGGCCGUGUGCUCGGCGGUCUCGAGCCCACCCGUGCCUUUGGUGAUGCCAGCUACAAGUGGACACGAGAUGUCUCUGAGCGGCUGAGGCGCUCCUUCUUUGGCCGAACCCCAUCCGCUUUGCUGAGGACUCCUCCCUACGUCACUGCCGAACCAGUAGUGACAACUACCAAGAUCGAGCCCCAGAACGGGGAUUUCCUCGUGUUGGCGACGGAUGGCCUCUGGGAGAUGCUUACCAAUGAGGAAGUAGUAGGUCUCGUCGGCAAGUGGUUGGAGACCCAGCAAGCCGGCGGCUCCGGCUCUUCUUACUGGUCCAAGAUGUUUGGUGGUAGCUCGACGAAGAGUGGACUGCCCGUGGAGGCUGUUGGAUCUAAAGACUCGGCAGGCGGCCAGAAGACACCCAUCCGCGUGCAGCAGUGGGGCCUCUCUCCCGAUGGAAAGGACAGGUUUGUCGUCCAGGACAAGAACGUCGCCACUCAUCUCGUUCGUAACGCCCUUGGCGGCAAGAACGAAGAGCAGGUGUCGGCUUUGCUGACACUGCCGUCUCCAUUCUCCCGGAGAUAUCGUGACGAUUUGACCGUACAGGUGAUCUUCUUUGGCAAUGAGGGGGAGAAGACGGGUGAUGUUGUCGUUAACGAAGAGGCCACUUCUAUGCCCGGUUCCUCGUCACAAGCUGCGGCAGCCAAGGCAAAGCUUUGAGUGACUUCUUUGAUGGGUUUCAUUCCUUAUGUCCAGUAAUCCCAGCGUAGGCGUUAUAUGAUUAAUGGACAGUAGUGCUAUAGUCAAGGUUUAUUCGAACGGGGCAACCGGCACGCAUGGUGAUAUUCUAUCAUCAUAGGCGAUAUCUUGAUUCUAGCCUAGUAUUAUGGCUAAGUACAACAAUAUAAUAAGAUAGUUUGUCGUACAGUUUAUAGUCACCACUGAAUAGGUAGUGCGCAACGCUAA